UAACUGUUUAAUAAUGAUCGUCCUGUAUUACAAUACACACCUGUAGGACAUGUACAUCAAGGUACAAACUGAUAACAACGAAUGUGCAGCACCUGUUUAUGCGAGCCGCUUUUACUGAUAAUUGUUAGUAAAGGUUAAUAACAUACUCCCAGAAGUCAAGCUUGAAGAAGAGCGCUUACGGGACAAAGUGGCGGCGUUCAGUCAAAGUGGGAAACCGUGAUGGGCAUCCACGACGACCAAUCAGAUUUCAGGAAACGCAGACGUGGGUGAAAAAUUUACCAAUCAGCAUCAUGUAAUGGAAUUUUGGGGAUGAACCGUUGCGUCCAUGGGAGAGGCUAGGGGAGCAGCCAAUGUGAGCAGCUAGGGGAGCGUCCAGUGGGAGGGGUUAGAGGAGCGGCAACGGUAGUCGCCAAUGAGAGCGGGAAGAGGCGUUGUUGGGGGCGUGGCCAAUAGAACGGGAGCGCUUAAUUUAUCGGCGUGACCGCGGACGUGGGAAUGAGAAGUAAAUAAGGUGCGGAGCGGUUCACGUGGAAAGGGAGGUAACGGGGAGCGUUUCACCUGUUUACUUACAGAUGAUGUGUUCGCUGUCCUCGAAAUUAAAGGUGGUUGCGGAAACCCUCCGGAGCAGGAGCGGUCCUGAGAACGCUUGCUGAGGCUCUGCUUGGCUCCUGGUACCUCCUUUCGCCGCUUGGACCCCCUGCGGAGCGGCUCGCCGAGAUGGGGAACGGAUUAUCCGAGCAGCGCGGCAUCUUCCCCCGGCUGCCGUCCUUCCAGGCUCUCCACAUCGUGAUCCUGGGCCUCGACUGCGCCGGCAAGACCACCGUCCUGUACCGGCUGCGCUUCAACGAGUUCGUGAACACGGUGCCCACGAAGGGCUUCAACACGGAGAAGGUCCGCGUGGGGGUGGGCGGCUCCCGCACGGCCACCUUCCACUUCUGGGACGUGGGCGGCCAGGAGAAGCUGCGGCCCCUGUGGCGCUCGUACACGCGCUGCGCCGACGGCAUCGUCUUCGUCGUGGACUCGGAGGACGCCGAGCGUAUGGAGGAGGCCCGGGCGGAGCUGCACAAGAUCACGCGUGUGCCCGAGAACCAGGGCGUGCCCGUCCUCGUGGUGGCCAACAAGCAGGACCUGCGCGGCGCUCUGUCCCUGGCCGAGGUGAGCCGGCUGCUGGCGCUCGGCGACCUGGGGGCGGCCACGCCCUGGCACCUGCAGCCCGCCUGCGCCAUCAUCGGGGACGGCCUCGGCGAGGGCCUCGAGCGGCUCUACGACAUGAUCCUCAAGCGCAGGAAGUCGCUGCGGCUGCAGAAGAGGAAGAGAUGAGCGUCGGUGGGACGGCGGGGGAGCGAGGGGCGAGGGGGCCGGAGAACCGCCCAUUUUUCAGCCUUCCGCGGAAGGUCUGUCGUCCGACGGUCCGACCCGGUCCGCGUAGAGCUCGCGGUCCGCAGCAGGCUGAGGCGCAGCGCCAACGCCAACGCGCCUGCUGACUGAGUUUUAUCAGUUGAACCCGCUCCCCACGGAGGCGUGUGCCGGGGAGCCUCGAGCCAACUCCGGCAUCUGCCCUUUGGACCCGAGGCCGCGAGAGCUGUCAGAGCUAUAAUUGAGGCUGGCGUGUUCACGGGAGGAGCGCCGCCGCUCCCUAGAUGCGGCACCACAUGUUUGCACACUUAAAGGAACACGCAGAACGCUGGGCGCGCACCGCGUCGCGGAAGGUGCUCUGUCAAGAGACACCUUGCUUUACCAAAAGUAUUGGAACUGAUCCACGCUUGUGGCAGUGCAAAGUACCAAAGUCUGAGUGCUUGCGAUGCCUACGGACGGGAGAGGGUACGCGAUGCCCACCGAGUGCAGUUGAUCAAAGAGGGAAAAAAAAAUUUUUUUUUUUUUUUUUUUUUUUCUUCCUUCUCUUAACCCUCUAACUCUGACCCAAAUUUCUUCAUGCACCUUUUGGCACGUGGUGACGAGUAAGGGGAACACUUGUGUUACUGUGAAGAGUGUCCCUUCAUCCUAGUGGGCAUUUUGUUGCACAAGGGGGGGGGAUGUUCAUGUCAAGGUCUGAUAUAAGCUAUGUAGGUUACUGUGUGGAGCAUUAUGGGUAUUUUAAAUAUCAGAACUGCAGCCAAAUCCUGUGUCAGCUGGUGGCUCUGAUGUCUCCUGCUAGUGUGUGAGAGCUGGAGAUCAUUGCUCUUCUUUGACAGUGUGCGUUGGCCGUUUUGGGCUGUCUGUGGGCGACCCCCCCCCCCCCCCCCCCCUUCAUUUGCAUACUGCUGUAGCCUGUCCAUGCAGGGCGUCCCCUGUGUUCCACCUAGAAACCCAAAUGCACUUUAAAUGAUUCUUUCCUCACCUCUUUGUCAUUUUAUGAGUUCUAAAAAAAG